GAAAAUCAAAAUUCGCUACUAUUUCUCUGUUCCCUAAUUUCUUUCGAUUUCAAUUCAUUAGUCCUAAAAAGCUUUAAUUUUUCUAAUCCCCCAGUUCUCCUUCUUCUGCUUCUGAAUCGUCGUUUAACGUAUUGCUCCGUCUUUUCACUUUCUCCGCCAUGGCUACGCAACAACAGCAAUCCGCCAUUAAAGGCGCGAAAGUGCUUAUGGUUGGAGCUGGUGGGAUUGGUUGCGAGUUACUUAAGACUCUUGCUCUUUCUGGAUUCGAGGACAUUCAUAUUAUUGACAUGGACACUAUUGAAGUCAGUAACCUGAAUAGGCAAUUUCUAUUCCGUCGUUCUCAUGUUGGGCAGUCUAAGGCUAAGGUUGCCAGAGAUGCAGUCUUGAGAUUUAGGCCUAACAUUAAUAUAAGAUCAUACCAUGCAAAUGUGAAGAAUCCCGAGUUUGAUGUUGAUUUUUUCAAGCAAUUUGAUGUUGUUCUGAAUGGGCUGGACAACUUGGACGCAAGGCGUCAUGUGAAUCGCCUUUGUCUUGCAGCUGAUGUUCCUCUUGUAGAAAGUGGGACAACGGGCUUCCUUGGACAGGUAACUGUGCAUAUAAAGGGAAAAACAGAAUGUUAUGAGUGCCAAACCAAACCUGCUCCAAAGACUUAUCCUGUGUGUACAAUAACCAGCACGCCAACUAAGUUUGUGCACUGUAUUGUAUGGGCAAAAGACCUGCUCUUUGCAAAGUUGUUUGGCGACAAGAAUCAAGAUAAUGAUCUUAAUGUGCGAUCCAACAAUUCUGCAAGCUCAUCCAAAGAAACAGAAGAUGUAUUUGAACGUUCAGAAGAUGAAGAUAUUGAGCAGUAUGGUAGGAAGAUAUAUGAUCAUGUGUUUGGUUCUAACAUUGAAGCGGCUUUGUCCAAUGAAGAGACAUGGAAAAAUCGCAGACGACCAAGGCCUAUAUACAGUAAGGAUGUCUUGCCUGAAAGUCUGACUCAACAAAAUGGAAGCACUCAGAAUUGUUCUGUUACUGAUGGUGAUUUAAUGGUCUCUGCCAUGCCAUCGCUUGGCCUGAAGAAUCCACAGGAAUUGUGGGGUCUAACGCAGAAUUCUCUUGUGUUCAUAGAAGCAUUGAAGUUGUUCUUCGCCAAGAGAAAGAAGGAAAUAGGACACCUUACUUUUGACAAAGAUGAUCAGUUAGCUGUAGAAUUUGUUACUGCUGCUGCAAAUAUCCGUGCUGAGUCUUUCGGAAUUCCUUUGCACAGCCUUUUUGAAGCGAAAGGUAUUGCUGGAAACAUUGUUCAUGCUGUUGCUACGACCAACGCCAUUAUUGCUGGUUUAAUUGUCAUUGAAGCAAUCAAAGUGCUGAAAAAGGAUGUGGACAAGUUCAGAAUGACAUAUUGCUUAGAACACCCAAGCAAAAAGCUGCUGCUUAUGCCAAUCGAGCCAUAUGAACCUAAUCCUGCUUGCUAUGUCUGUUCCGAGACCCCAUUAGUACUCGAGAUCAAUACUCGGAAAUCAAAACUACGGGAUCUAGUUGAUAAAAUUGUGAAAACCAAGCUUGGAAUGAACCUACCGUUGAUUAUGCACGGGAAUUCGCUUCUGUAUGAAGUUGGCGAUGAUCUUGAUGAUAUUAUGGUUGCAAACUACAACGCUAAUCUUGAGAAGUAUCUAUCAGAACUUCCUUCUCCCAUUCUUAACGGAAGCAUUCUCACAGUCGAAGAUCUUCAACAAGAGCUAUCUUGCAAGAUAAAUGUCAAGCACAGGUUUUUUUCUGAAAUUUUGAAUCCUGUUUUAAAUUCAGUUUGGUUUCUGAUUAUAUUACCAUCGACUUUCCCUAAACUCUUCCAUUUCACUGAAUCACGAAAUCAAGAUGGGUUAUCAUUAGACAUCAUCCUAGGAUUCUCAAAUGUAACUAUUAGGAGAGUCCUUACCAUGUUUGAAACUGGCAGACGUUUAACGCAUCCUUUACUUAUUCUGUUCUGUCACAGGGAAGAAUUUGACGAGGAAAAAGAACCUGAAGGAAUGGUACUCUCUGGAUGGACACCAUCUCCAGCUACCAAUGGCGAGAGCGCAUCAACAUCAAACAACGAGAACCCAGUUGAUGUUACAGAGAGUUCCUCAGGAUCCGAGCCUGCUUCUAAGAAGAGAAGACUCUCUGAGACCGAGGCCAGUAAUCAUAAGAAAGAAACAGAGAACGUCGAGAGUGAAGAUGAUGAUAUCAUGGAGGUUGAAAAUCCCAUGAUGGUGAGCAAAAAGAAGAUAAGAGUUGAAUAGGCCCCUUUUUUGAAAGAUCUGAUCCCUAAAUGCUUGCUUUAUUUAUUAGCUUCUUUUUACUUCGAUCUAACUUUCUACUUUCUGAAAUUAUGCCACAAGAAUUACAAAGUAUGAUUUAGGGAUUCUUUGAUGAAGAAGAAAACUACUCAGAUUGUUAAAUAUUUACUAGGACAGGAUCCUUUGGAUGAGGAGCUCAGGAACUCAUUUUAAGGAAGCAAUUUUUGCUUUCCAGAGAUUCCUGUUAUGUUUUCACUAACUGUAAGAGCUCCCUUGUAUCUUUAUUUCUUCGAGUUAUCAAAUUUUCUGUUUUUUUU